AGGGUGUGCUGUCCAACAUCUCCUCCAUUACUGACCUCGGGGGGUUUGAUCCAGUCUGGCUGUUCCUUGUAGUAGGAGGGGUGAUGUUCAUCCUUGGCUUUGCUGGGUGUAUUGGUGCACUCCGGGAAAAUACCUUCCUUUUGAAAUUUUUUUCUGUAUUCUUGGGAAUUAUUUUCUUCUUGGAGCUCACGGCGGGUGUCCUGGCAUUUGUCUUCAAAGACUGGAUUAAGGACCAGCUGUAUAUCUUUAUCAACAGCAACAUUAAAGCUUACAGAGAUGAUAUUGACCUGCAGAACCUCAUUGACUUCACACAAGAAUAUUGGCAGUGUUGUGGUGCUUUUGGAGCUGACGACUGGAAUCUAAAUAUUUACUUUAACUGCACAGAUGCCAACGCUAGUCGUGAGCGAUGUGGAGUGCCAUUCUCCUGUUGCACUAAAGAUCCUGCUGAAGAUGUCAUCAACACUCAGUGUGGCUAUGAUGUCCGACAAAAGCCAGAAUUAGACCAGCAAGCCACCAUUUCACACCAAGGGUUGCGUUCCUCAGUUUGAGAAAUGGCUGCAAGACAACCUAACCAUUGUGGCUGGGGUAUUUAUUGGCAUUGCCCUUCUACAGAUAUUUGGCAUAUGUCUGGCUCAAAAUCUGGUGAGUGACAUUGAAGCUGUCCGGGCCAGUUGGUAG